AUGCACAUUUCUGUGUAUUUUGAGACUGAAGAGAUGGUGGAAAAAUCUGAGAAUCAAUCACUUCUUUCAUUUGCUCAGCAAAUAACACGUGAAAGUCAGGUAAUAGACUCAUAUUUAUCUGAGAGCAACAAUCGCCGCUAUGAGUAUAUUCAAAAUAAUGAUCGAAAGCGGUUUGGAGGUAGUGAGGAAUGUUGGCAAGAAGUCAAUCGCGUGGAGAGCUGGAAUAGGUGGCUUUUCUGGCAGUGCAGCUACUGCUUUUGUCUGUGUGAUGAGCCUAGUUUGAAAUCUGAUCGUUACUUCAAUCUACGGGAAACUAUAUCGGAUGUGAAGGCGAACAAGGUGGUGACUGGAGUGCGAUUUGUGAAGAAGAAUCGUAUAUUCCAUUUGCAGAUACAGCAAGGAGAACUUUUGCCUCGAGGAGCUGUCAAUAAAUCAACUGUGGAAUGGAAGCCCGUUGAUGAUUACAAAAUCAGUGAUUCGAAUAUUACCGAGGGAGUCGAUUAUCAUGAAAUGAGCUACGAGAAACGUGCCAUAGAUCUGGAUGAAAUAUUAAAUACACAUCAAAGAUCAUCUGUGGUAACUGGCUUGUGUUUUCGUGUUCUAAGUGGACGACUCAAUCUUAUGGUGAUGUUCAGUUAUUUUGAUUUUGCCAAGGGUCAACUCCUUGAGCCGGAAGUCAUCAGCACUUGGCAAACGCAUCAAGCCGUCGAAAACAGGCAAAAAUUGAAUAUCGAUAAUCUGGACCUAGCAACGCGAUCAGUGUGGGGCUCACAGCCGAUGUCAAAGGAUAAUCAAUAUUUAGAGUUCGUCAACUCGGGAAUUGAAGCGGAUGUAGCACAAAGUACAAUUCCUUUUAUUGAUAUACAGGAUGUUGUGAUCAAUCCAGCAGCCCCAUUAAGCGGCAUUGGCAUAUACUAUAAAAGUAGUAAGAAUUACGGCGGCUUUAGAAUUACGGUGGCUUAGCACCCAAAAUAAUCAGCUACGAUUUAUCACAGCACCUUCGGAGUCCAACUACUUUUC